GCCCGGAGUGUUCACUGCACUUGGGACGGUCGCAUAGGCACGACCCAUAGUGAAAUUGCAAUAGCAUUGAACGUCUUCUUCAAGAUGUUCGGGGUUUCGAGGAAUUACAAAGGCGCCCCGGUCUACCUUAAAUAGUUUCGUUACUCUAGGAUGUGACGCUUUUGAGAGAGUGAGUGAGGGAGAGCGAGAGAAAUCUCAAUAGCCGCCCCGCCCUGUUUGUGGAAGGGGUGGCAAAAGCUCGCUGAAUCGUGGCAUUUUCUCCUGCCGGAUAGGCUGGUCGGGUCUCGCCUGUCAAACGCCUGAACAUCCUCCGAUCACUGAUGAUGUUUCGCCUCCCUCACUGAAACUGUAGCGCUAUUUAAAAAAACGCCCAUCGUCCCACUGUCACAUUGUUGCACAACCUGUAAUAUCGCUAUUUCUGGGAGCGGUACUUUCAGGAAACACUUUAUUUUUAAACUGAAAUUAGUUGCUGUGUAAACUUCAACAUGUCUGAAAAUGUUAGAUAUGUCAGUCCUUUUAAAAGACCUCAUGCGGUGGCCGCAGCAGCUCCCGCUGGCAAAGCCAAACUCACGCACCCGGGCAAGGCAAUUUUGGCAGGUGGCCUUGCUGGGGGGAUCGAGAUCUGCAUCACCUUCCCCACAGAGUACGUCAAGACUCAGCUGCAGCUGGACGAGAGGGCCAACCCACCACGAUACAGAGGCAUAGGGGACUGCGUGGGCCAGACAGUGCGUAGCCACGGGGUGACGGGACUCUACAGGGGCCUCAGCUCCCUGCUAUACGGAUCCAUACCCAAGUCUGCAGUCAGGUUUGGCGUGUUUGAAUUCCUGAGUAAUCAGAUGCGUGAUGAGUCGGGGCGGCUGGACAGUGGGAGGGGCCUGAUGUGUGGUCUGGGAGCGGGCGUCAUGGAGGCCGUGCUCGUAGUCUGUCCAAUGGAAACCAUCAAAGUGAAGUUCAUCCAUGAUCAGUCCUCUGCCAAGCCCAAGUACCGCGGCUUCUUCCAUGGAGUGAGCGAGAUCAUCAAGACACAAGGUAUCCGAGGGACGUACCAAGGUCUCACAGCAACAGUCCUCAAGCAAGGCUCCAACCAGGCCAUAAGAUUUUACGUCAUGACGUCACUGAAAAACUGGUACAAAGGCGACGACCCAAACAAGGCCAUUAACCCCAUAGUGACGGGUACGUUCGGGGCGAUUGCCGGGGCAGCCAGUGUGUUUGGGAACACGCCAUUGGAUGUGAUCAAGACCAGGAUGCAGGGUCUAGAGGCCCACAAAUACAAGAGCACAUUGGACUGUGCUGUGAAGAUCAUGAAACACGAAGGACCAGCAGCUUUCUACAAGGGUACGGUGCCUCGGCUGGGACGGGUGUGUCUGGACGUGGCCAUAGUCUUCAUCAUCUACGAAGAGGUGGUGAAGGUGCUGAACAGAGUCUGGAAGACAGAGUGAUGACAGAGGGGGACAGACAGACAGAAAGAGGAAGAGGAAGAGAGGGAGGACAGUGCAGGAGAACAGGCUUCUUCAUCAUCAUCAUCUUCAUCCUGGCAGGUUUCUAGUGUUAUACGGCGUCAUCCUCGCUCACUGUGCCAAGGAAGUAUUCCAAGAAAACCCACUGCCUCAGCAAAAGAGGAAUGUGCUGUUUGGGGUUUGGCAAGGGAACCAACCGUCAACGCAGUGCCACAAAACCUGUAACCCUUUAUCGUUGGCCCUUUCAUUUGGCUACAUUUGCAUAAUAAUAAUAUAUGAAUGUUCAUCGGUCCAUUACCUUCUAGCCUACCUACAUGUAUACACAGAUCUCUUGUGCCUCCUGCUCGUUUUUUUUCUUUCUCUGUUGUGUUUUUGGGUCCUGAUGCUGUGUAGUGUUGCUAUGGUGACGUGAGCAGCUGUGUAGCUUGCAUCAUCCUCAGCCAAUGGCUGUAUGUUUACCUUUUACUGUUAGAGGGCCACUUAAACGAACUUGAGCUAAUUUUGGAAGUUUAAGAAGUGUACAGAAAAAAAACAUUAGACGCCACAGACCUAUGGAUUUCUCAAAAGUGAUUGUUGAAACUAGUAGAUGAAAUAACAGAGAGCAUAUAUAUUUACUGAAUUUAUUUAUGAUUCAAAUGUAGCUUAAAUGCAAAUAAUUAUUUCUUUAGAUAUCAUGUCACUCACCCUUUAAUUUAAAGCUUUUAUUUAAUCUCUGGUAGGGAUUCAAUCGGGUAGGGUAAGUGGGAUAUAAUUUAUGAAAUUAAAAGAUGGGGAAGUAUUCAUGUGCUUUUUAAUUCUUAAGGCAUUCCAGUUACUAUGCUGGACCCCGUUUCUCGAAAGCAUCAUCGCUAACCAGUUAACAACUCAGUAGGUUGUCAAUGAGAAAUUGCAAUGUAACCAAGUAGAGAAACGCUACCGUUUAUGGGAUAUUGAGCAAUACUGAUGAACCCACAUUCCAUAGUCUGCGUGUGUGUGUGUGUGUGUGUGUGUGUGUGUGUGUGUGUGUGUGUGUGUGUGUGUGUGUGCGUGUGCGUAUGUGUGUGUGUGUGUGUGUGUGUGUGUGUGUGUGUGUAUUCAUCUCAUUCCACUGAGGUAGUUAUACCCUUCAGUAUCUCCCUUCAGCUGCUGCUGCUGCACAUGUGGGGUAUUGGGACAAGUGCAAACGAGUAGAAACACUUUCAAUCGUUUUACAUCUAUGGGGGGCCUUGUUUGAAUUGCCUUUGUUUACAUCAAAUGGGAUAUUUUUUAAACAGAUGUUUUUAAUUUCUUUUUUAAUCUAUUUUUUGUAUUUAAUUUCUGUAAUUCCUUACAUUUUCCACAUGUGCCUAUAGUUUUAUUUUUAAAUCGACUAAAACGUAAUAUAUACUCUUUAUUUUUGUUCUUGUGAUUUACUCUUGCGAGUAGGCAAUUCUGUGUUUGUUUGCACACACAUGCAUGUUUAUGCAUGACUUUGUGUGUGUACAUACAUAUGUGUAUGUGUGCGUGUGUGUCAGUAUGUGUGUAAAGCAACGCUGUUCGUAGUGGUUUAACUGCUGCUCCUGAGUCUGCAGAGUUAAAGGGGUAUGCCACUAUUUUGGGGCUUAAUACAGUUAAAAUCGUUGGCCAGGGUUUAUAAAGGUUGUAAAGUGUCUUAUUUUUCAUGUAAGCCGUUGUCUUGCUUUAAGACAAGUUAAAAGAGUAUUAUGUAUUAUGCCCCAAAAUAGUGGCAUACCCCUUUAAGGGUUGACUCUGCUAGUCACAUGUAUGCAGAUUCUUCAUGUUAUCUUUUCUUCCAGGAAACAGGUGUGUGUGUGUGAUAUUGUGUGCCUACAAAGACAUGUCUGUGAAGUUGUCAACAUUGUCUUUGUGCCACUUGCUCUGUUCAGACCUUGAAGAGUAAUUUUAUUUUCUUAACUCAUCAAAUAAUAAUAAAAAACAUAAUGCAACAUAUUAAAAUACCAAGACUAUUUCUGGUCUGUAUAUACGUGUAUUUUGUUUGUCU